AUGCGGCCGCUCAACCCCGAGCAGCGGUCGGCGCUGCACACGAUCCUGUCGACUCUGCGGCUGCGGAGGCAGCAUCUCGACUCUGGCCGCAGCCGCGCCGAGGCGAGGCAGCUGGUCCGCGCAGCCAAUCUCUCGUUCUACAUUCUGCUGCAGGGGCAGGGCGGCACCGGCAAGUCGGCCGUGGUGGAGGCGCUCGAGGCGCUGAUGGCGCGCUUCCAUCUCGGGCGGAUCCUCAAGACGGGGUACACGGGCGUGUCGGUGGCGCCGCACCGCGGCGUCACGCUGCACUCGCUCUGCGGGCUCAACGCCAAGCGGAAGGGCGGCGGCACGGCCAUCGACCCCAAUUCUGCCCGGCAGAAGCUCGAGGGGCUCAUCGGCGACCCCGACGAGAUUGGCCUCCUCUUCAUCGAGGAGGGCUCCUUCCUCGGCGAGGGCUUCUUCAAGAUCGUCGACAAGCGGCUGAGGCUUCUCUUCGGCUGCCUGGACGACGCGUGCAAGACCGAGCCCUUUGGCGGCCUGCCCGUGCUCAUGGGCGCCGACAUGUGGCAGCUAUCGCCGUGCAGGGCGACCGCCAUGUACAAGGACCUCGUCGAUCGCGACGUCGGGGGCAUGGCCAGGCCCGCUCUCCCCGCCCGCAACGGCGACGAGGUUGACGUGGAGGACGGCGUCGACCUCUUCCGCCUCUUCCAGCGGCUGCGCCUCGAGCGCUCGAUGCGCGCGGCUGGCGACCAGCGCUUUGCGGCGGACCUGGGCCAGAUGCGCCGCACGACUGUGGAGCAGCCGGUCCCGAGCCGGCUCGUGGACGACCUCCGCGACAUCAGCCCCGCCGAUGUGCAGGAGGACCCCUCGUGGCUGGCGGCGCCGCUGAUGGUGCUGACAAAGUACAAGCGCGACUUCUUCAACGACCUGAGGGGCAGGGCGCUCGCCCGCGCGACCGGCUCCCUGUUCGUGCGGUGGCCCACCACGCUGCGCGGCAAGCAGGCCGAGACCAUCGACGCGGCGCACCUCGCCUCGGCGCGCUCCCACGAGCCGGGCCUCUGGGAGUACUUUGUCGCUGGCGCCCCGUGCAUGAUCACCGACAACAUCAACCCCGGCAAGGGCAUCGCCAACGGGACGGAGGCGUUCUACCACUCGCUCUCCUUUGAGUCGGGGCAAGUGCCUCCCCAGCUCGAGGCGGCGCUCACGCAGGGCGGCUACGCCGAGGUCACGCUGGACGCGCCGCCGCUCUCGGUGAAUGUCGCCGUGCGCGGCCGCGACUGCCGCCUCUCGGACGACGAGACGCUCGUGCCCGGCCUCGUCGACGACGGCUUCGAGGCGGCGCCGACGCCGACGGGCCCUCGGCCGGGCAAGGAGCACCGCGACGGCGCCUCCGGGCGUGGCUACUACAGCAUCGAGCCCGAGCCGCUGUACGUGGUGCCGGUCGGCUUCACGUCGAAGGACGACGAGGAGGUGGACCUCGGCUCGUCCUACUCGGCGCACUACAACCUCCCCGCAAAGGUGGUCGUUAAGCCGCUCGCCGUCAUGAUGGCGCUAGCCGUGACCGACUUCAAGCUGCAGGGCAAGACGCUGCCCAAGCUGAUCCUCAACCUGACUGGCGAGAUGAAGUCGAUGCAGCUCACCUCCUUCUACGUGGGCGUCUCGCGGACGACAUCGUUUGCUGGCCUCCGCGCGCUGACCGGCUCCUCGGACAAGAAGCUCGGGUUCCUCAAGGACCUCGUGCACGCGUGGCAGCUCGGCGUGUGGGACGAGGGCUACGAUGAAAACGGCUUUUGGGACGCCGACAAGGCGAGGGAACUGGAGCUGCAACGCUGGCUCGAGCGCCUCGGCUGGAUCGUCUCGCAGACGGAUCGCGCCGAGUUGGAAAGCUUGGGCAGCCGCGGCUGGCAGGUUGGCGACUCGUGCGGCAUCGUGGCGUGUGCUGCGGUAAACUUGCUGCUUGCUGCGGUCGGUCAGUGGUUCACCAUCAAUCUGGACGAGUGCAUCCACCGCGACCAUAUCGCCGCAGCGCGGCGCGCCCUCGGGCUGGGAUCGCUGGGAUCGUCGACCGUGAUCGAGACCGAGCAGGUGAUCCAGCUCGUCGGGAAGCGUUAUUUCGCUCGGUUUGCGUUAUCCGAGGCCGGCGGGAGCGGGGAUGUGCGCGAUGCGAUGGGGGCCCUUAAGUGCCGCGUGGAGAGGGACGUGGCCGUCGUCUCGCUAGAUGGCCUCCUCGCAGGCGUGUUGGAACGCCGCGGUGGAGGCGCCGGAGCCAGCCCGUCGGUCUACAUCGUGAACACCGGCAUGUCGAGCAGCGUCGGCCAGGACAACCACUGGUUUACCGUCGCGUUGGAGUUUUGA